UUCAUAUUCAUAACAGGUGGAACGAUCUCGAUCCCUGGCUUACUGUCGAAAGAGAUGGCUCGCCAAUUUGAACGACGCCACAUCACCUCCGUGGAUCUCGGCGAAUGGCCGCGUAUUACCCAGGCUGGAGCUGGCAGCCUGGACGGAGCUACCGCACGCCUAUCAUCACACGCAGAAACGAGGAUGGGACAGGACAAGUGGCCGUACCUUGUGUUCAGCAAUCCGUCGGGAGAAGACAGCGCUGAGCACGCGUUCGCGAUCUCCAAGGACGGACGAUUGCUGGCAUCUACAUGGGACAGCGAUGUUAUCAUGAUCUGGAGGUUGUCAGACGGCUUUAACGUGCAACGCAUUGCGACAGACCCCGCUGCUACGAUUCUUGCUCUCGCAUUCUCUCCCGAUGGCAAGCAGAUCUCUGGGGCGCUGGAUGCCGUCGUCGUGGUUUGGGAUGUCAAGUCCAGCGAUCCACUCCUACGUCUGGAGGGCCAUAGCGAGCCCGUCAAUGCCAUCGCAUACGCACCCGAUGGGUCACGCAUUGUAACUGGCGCCGAAGAUGGUUUGAUGAAGAUCUGGAACGCUUCAAGUGGAGAACCGUCUUUGAACUACCAUCAUGACUCUCCGGUGCAGAAUAUUCAGUUCUCCCCGGAUGGCUCACGGCUGGCCGCGCAGACAAGUAGCUCAGUCGUUGUAUAUAACCCAGGCUCCCCUGUGAUCCAACUCGCCGUCCUGUGGUCUGCCAAAGAUUGCCUUUGCGCAUUCUCCCCUAAGGGAGACCGUCUAUUCGUAAAUGAUGGCAACCGCGUUGGACAUAUAUACGACGCGCACAGCUUCGAAAAGCUCGUAAAGAUCGAUAAAUAUCAUGACCACAUCUCUUCCGCUGCGUUCACACCGGAUGGCCGCCGCCUCGCAACCGCCUCGCACGACGCCUUUGCUAUCGUUCAAAAUGCUUCUACGGGGACGCAAUCAAGUAUGACCAGCAUGGAGACCGGCAUCAAUGCAAUAACAUUCUCACCUGAUGGCAACUUGCUCGCCGCCGCGGAUCGCGAAGGAAAGAUCAGGGUAUGGAUGGGCAGAUCCAUGAAGUUUGUGGCAGAGUUUCGGGGCCCCAACGCUACAGAUACAUCAGUCAUACAAUUUCUACCGGAUAACCGACGACUUCUCACAGCCGAUGAGACAGGUGCGAUAUGUUUGUGGGAUGUCGGGAACGUCUUGCGGAUACGCUGAUGAAAUAACCACCGAUCUCGAGGUAUCGCGGCGGAGCUUCGUGGGAAUGAGACGAGCGCAUUACACUUUGUCUGUCUGAUUGUCCAUCCUGUACGCUCCUUUAUUGACUGUAGUGGUUCAUCCAUAUAUUUCAUAGCGUGAGUACGUCGUCGGUGCGAAUUUGGGAAAUUUUAUGUUGUGGGAAAAGACGACAAUUAAUACAACGGAGUGAGCCGCUCCCCGCCAGGCUGAAUGCCAGUGCAUCCGGCCGGUGCGUCUUGG